AUGGACGACACUUUCGUCAUGCUGUCGGCGUGGCGGCGAACGGAUGCGACGAGUCCGACGCGGGACCGGUUGGCACACGCCUAUGCCGACGCGGCGGUGUCCAUCACCAUCACGUCGAUGACGGACAUGCUCAGCUUCUUCGUGGGCGCCUUCACCACGUUUCCCUGCGUCCGGAUCUUCUGUCUCUACACUGGGGCGUCGGUGUUUACUGUGUAUUUUUUCCACAUCACGUUCUUCGGGGCUUGCAUGGCCUACGCCGGGAACGCGGAAGAGAACAAUCGUCACGGCGUGCUGUGCAUUCCUGUCACUCCGCGAUCGGAAGCAGGGAACAGAAGCAUCGUUUAUCGACUGUUUUGUGCUGGUGGAAUUUCCAGAGUCGACCCAAAAAACAAGAAAGACAACGCGGAUCAUUGCAUCAUGAAAUUCUUUGGGAACCAGUGGAGUCGACUGCUCAAUAUACCAGCAAUUAAGGUAUUGGUCAUCAUGGUAUUUUUGGCAUACUUGGCAAUGGCACUCUUUGGUCUGCAAAAAUUGCAAGAGGGCCUCGAGCGGAAACGUUUGUCACGCGAUGACUCGUACUCUGUCCAGUUCUACAACAUGGAAGAAGAAUAUUUCAGGCAGUUUCCGUACAAAGUCCAGGUUGUGAUCAAUGGAGACCUUGAUUAUUCGGAUAAAUUGGUCCAAGAAGGACUAGACAAGUUGCUGGACGAGUUGGAAGAAGACGAAAUGAUCGCGGAAAGUUUCUACACUGAAAGCUGGCUUCGUCAGUGGCUGAGUUUUGUCAAACUCAAUUCAGAGUACCUCGAAAUCGACGUGUCCAACAAACAGUCUUUCAUCGACUCCUUGCGUGAAUAUUUCCUGGUUGGAGAAGAAAACGAAGACGCCUUGGACAUCAGGUUUGAUGCCAACUACACCAAGAUCACGGCCUCGAGGUUCUUUGUUCAAGUGGCGAAUGUGACUUCACUCAAUGACGACCGGAGGAUAAUGGAGUUUGCCAGGAGAAUCGCGGAUAAAUCGACAUUCAACGUCACUGUUUUCCACCCCUACUUCAUCUUCUUCGACCAGGUUUGU